AUGGCACAGCGCGAAAGAAGCGUCAGUCCCAAGUCUAGGGGCAAGUCCCCUCCCGAGAUCCACGCUGCCAACGCCAGUGCGCAAUCGUUCACCGAGCAGCACCGCGGGGCCAGCCUGACGUCGCUGCCUCGCAAGAAGCCCGAGAUGUACCACUACGAUGUCGGCGGCGGCGCGCAGGCCGCUGCGCAGGCCGGCGCGGCCACGGCCGGCGCCGGCAUGCUGUACCAGGACAGCAAGGCGUCCGUACAGGCCGGCGCGGGGCCCAGCGCGGGGCCUGGCGACGCCGCGCACGCGCAGGCGGUGCCUCCCGGCUACAACCAGCACCUCCAGGUCAAGGACUCGUACCUCACGGGCCGGGCGCUGCUGUACUUCACGUCCGUGUUCGUGUCUCUGGGCGUGUUCCUCUUUGGCUACGACCAGGGCGUGAUGUCGGGCAUAAUCACGGGCCCGCUCUUCAAGCUCUACUUCGACGACCCCUCGCGCGCGGCCAUCGGCAACAUGGUGUCGAUCCUAGAGGUCGGCGCGCUCGUCAGCUCGCUCAUGGUGGGCCGGCUCGGCGAGAAGUGGGGCCGCCGGCGCACGAUCCGCUACGGCUCGUUCGUGUUCAUCCUCGGCGGCCUCAUCCAGACCUCCGCCACGCGCAUGCUCCACCUCAUCAUCGGCCGCGUUAUCAGCGGUCUCGGCGUGGGCCUGCUCAGUACCAUCGUGCCCAUCUACCAGUCCGAGAUCUCGCCUCCGCACAAUCGGGGCAAGCUGGCCUGCAUCGAGUUCACGGGCAACAUCGUCGGCUACUGCUCCAGUGUGUGGGUUGACUACGGCUGCUCCUACAUCAACAACAACGCCGCCUGGCGCCUGCCCCUCUUCAUCCAGUGCGUCAUGGGUCUCGGCCUCUUCAUGGGCACCUUCGUCAUCGUCGAGACCCCGCGCUGGCUGCUGAACCACGACCACGAUGUCGAGGGCCUCAUUGUCAUCGCCGACCUCCACAGCGACGGCGACGUCCAGGACCGCCGCGCCCACGACGAGUUCCAGGCCAUCAAGGAGACCGUACUUAUCUCCCGUCUCGAGGGCGAAAAAAAGUCCUACUCCUACGUCUUCAAGCGCUACCGCACCCGGAUGCUCAUCGCCAUGAGCUCCCAGAUGUUCGCCCAGCUCAACGGUAUCAACGUCAUCUCCUACUACGCUCCCAUGGUGUUCGAGCAGGCCGGCUGGGUCGGCAGAGACGCGAUUCUCAUGACCGGCGUCAACGGCAUCAUCUACGUCCUCUCCACCGUGCUGCCCUGGCACCUGGUCGACCGGUGGGGUCGGAAGCCCAUCCUGCUCAUGGGCGGCAUGGUCAUGGGCCUCUCUCUCGUCUCCAUCUCCGCCGCGCUCUACGUCAACAUCGCGUCCACUCCGACCCUUGUUGUGGUCUUUGUCAUUGUCUUCAACGCUUUCUUCGGCUUCAGUUGGGGUCCUAUCCCAUGGCUCUACCCCGUUGAAAUCGCCCCGCUCUCUGCGAGGUCUGCUAUGGCCUCUGCCUCCACCGCGACUAACUGGCUCUGCAACUGGCUCGUGGGCAUCAUGACGCCCAUUUUGCAGGAAAAGAUCAAAUGGAGACUCUAUCUCAUCCACGCCGCCUCCUGCUUCCUUUCCUUCUGGUGCGUGCUGCGGGUUUAUCCGGAAACAGCUGGUCUGCGUCUGGAGGACAUGAGCUCGGUGUUCGACGACAGGUCUUCCACUUUCAGUUUCCACGGCUCUAUCACGGGUGUCGACGUCGACGCUGGCUCCCGCUCCGCUACUACUGCGCCUGCGAACCCAUCCCUCGCUCGGAAGCCCGUCGCGGCCCAGCCCUCCUUGCUAGACAGCGUCCACUCUGGAGUUGCUCCGCCACACCCCGUUGCAGGCCAGCCCGAUCUGGCUCAAAACCCGUUCGUUUCGCACAGCAGCGGUCAGAGCGUGGGGUCCAAACGCAGUAUUGCUAGCGCCAAUAUGCUCUCCGCCGACGCUCUUGAGCCCCCCACCCUGGGCCAAGUACUCGAUUUCAAGAGGGAGCAGAUUGAUAGCCGCAACUUCAAAGGCCUCAUGAGGCGGGGUUCCGAGACGGUCAGCCUCAUCUACGACAAGGUCAAGCGUCUCGGCAAGCCCAACGAUGCUAGCGGUGAGUACGGAACCUUGCCGGACAAUGAGAGACCUGCGCCCGCAGCUCCGCCCUGCGGCAACUGA